UGGUCGCACAACAGUCUCAACACGCUAUAUACAAUCAAGACUAAAAAAGCAUGUAAAAAUAAAUAAACUUUAGCUAUUUUGGUGCAUUAUUGUAAAAGUGCAGACUCAACGCCAUUCAUACAAAUAAUAGAAACGAAGCGCAACUAAGUACAUAUUAUUAUUUGCAUUUUUAUCUGAUCACGUUAUAUACUUGUCGCAACACAAAUAGGAACUCAAAAUCCACUAUUGAAGUCCCUACUCCGAUACCUUCUUAGUGCAACACAGGAAGUGUAGUUUUUUUGAAAGGUUAAAAGUGUGCUUUGAAACCAUGGCUUCAGGUGAGAAAAUUCUUAACUUCAAUGUUGGUGUACUUGGGCACAUUGAUAGUGGGAAGACGUCUCUCGCCAAGGCGUUGAGUACUACGGCAUCCACGGCAGCAUUUGAUAAAAACCCACAAAGUAAAGAACGAGGUAUCACACUGGAUCUUGGCUUUUCUUCCUUCAGUGUGGAUCUACCUGAACAUGUCAAGGCACUGCAAGGGGACUUUGAUAAAUUGCAGUUUACAUUAGUAGACUGUCCAGGUCACGCAUCUCUUAUCCGAACCAUCAUUGGAGGGGCCCAAAUUAUUGAUUUGAUGAUGCUAGUUAUAGAUGUGACAAAGGGAAUGCAAACCCAGUCAGCAGAAUGCCUGGUGAUCGGUGAAAUUACGUGUCCCAAGAUGGUGGUGGUUCUUAACAAAACUGACCUGUUGCCUGAGGGAAAGAGGCAAGCAGCUAUUGAAAAAAUGACAAAGAAAAUGCAGAAGACCCUUGAGAAUACAAGAUUUCAUGGAGUCCCCAUUAUUUCUGUAGCUGCCAAGCCUGGUGGACCAGAUGCACCAGAAUCAGAAACAGCACAGGGUAUUGGUGAAUUAAUUGAGCUGCUGAAGUCUCAGACAUACUUGCCCAAGAGAGAUCCCUCGGGACCAUUUCUGAUGGCCGUCGACCACUGUUUUUCCAUCAGGGGUCAGGGCACUGUGAUGACAGGGACCAUCCUCUCUGGCUCAGUCAGCAUCAAUGAUAGUGUAGAAAUUCCUGCUCUUAAGGUGACCAAAAAGAUCAAGUCUAUGCAGAUGUUCCACAAACCUGUCAUUUCAGCCAUGCAAGGUGAUCGUGUUGGAAUUUGUGUAACGCAGUUUGAUCCAAAACAGCUGGAAAGAGGCCUGGUUUGCUCCCCAGAUUCUCUCUGCACCAUUCAUGCUGCCAUUAUUUCUGUCAAGAAGAUUUCCUAUUUUAAACACCCACUUCAGACAAAGGCAAAAUUUCACAUCACAGUGGGGCAUGAAACAGUUAUGGGAAAAGUGACAUUUUUUAGCAAGCCUGUUAGGGAAACUGAAAAAGGUCAAACUUCAAAUCGCUUUGAUUUUGAGAAAGAGUAUCUGUAUCAAGAUGAAUACUUGUCAAAAGACACAAGGUUAGCUGAGGAAGACAAGGAGAACCAGGAAGUGGGUGAAAGGUUGUUGCCUAAGGAGCAGUGGGCUCUGCUUGAGUUUGAGAAACCUGUUACAUGCCCCAGGCUCUGCCUUGUAAUUGGCUCAAAGCUGGAUACAGACAUCCAUGCAAAUAUGUGUAGACUUGCUUUCCAUGGAGUGCUUUUAGAAGGAUUUGAAGAUAAGAAUUACACUGAAGUAUACUUACCCAAGUUGAAACUGUACAAGAUCAAGAACAGGGAAGGUCAAGUUGAAAGGGUAAUGGAUGAUUACACGGUCAUUGGUCGCUCAUUGUUUAAGAAGGAAACAAACAUUCAACUUUUUGUAGGGUUGAAGGUCAAGCUGUCUACUGGAGAGGAUGGAGUCAUAGAAAGUGGUUUUGGACAGAGUGGGAAGUUCAAGAUUCGCAUUUUAAAUGGCCUCAGUUCAGAGACCAAAUCACUUCUGUCUACAGCUUCAAAAAAGAAAUCCAAAGGAGGGAAAGGAGAAACCGCCAAAGAGGAUGAUGGGAAAGCAGAUAUACAGCCAAUUGUAGUGACCUUGUCCUUUAAGAGAUAUGUAUUUGAUCCACAGAAAAGAAUGAUUCAAUCUUGAGAAAGAAAAACUGCAAAACUUUUCCUAAGUGUCCUCAGUAAUUGUUGUUACGGUAUUAGAAGCAGUAUCGUCCGAGUUUGUGCAACUCUUGACCCAUAUCAUGGCAAGUUAAACUCGCACUAAGUAAACAUGUUUGUGUCACUUCCUAAAGGACUGAAACUUCAGAAUACAUGACAUAAUGCCUUUUUUUUUUUUACUGUCAGAAGAUAAAACAAAACUCUAUAUACAAGCUGCCUUUUAUUAGAGUUUUGCAGCUCUGACUGAAGUGCACUCGAUCAUAAUAAUAUUUUUGCAUAGUGUAGUGCUGUGAAUAAAUUCUGUUAAGUCAUUUGUUCUCCACUUCCUGCAUUUUUCUUUUUGCAGUUGAUGUAAAGAUGGUGUCUGUACUGGCAAGCACUGCCAGUCCUAAAUUACUGCACUAGAUCUUUGAAUAUUAUGGUUGCACAGCUGCUGUUUUGUAGUUGGUCUAAAAAUGAAAUUAUGAUUUUAAUAAUCGAAGGCUUUCAUUGACAUGUAAUUGGUAUAAUUGCCUAAUGAUUGCUUAACUUAGGUGAAACAGUGGAAAAAAGUCAGCACUGGAUGAAGGAAGUAUACAUUUGUUUGGAGAAGGACAUUACAGCUUUCAAUGAGAGACUUGGCUUGCAUGUCAUUGCACAGCAGGGAUCCUUGUGGCACAGCAGUUGAGUAGAUGGAAGGGAUGCUGUUAAACCAAGUGCUUUAUAAAGAAAAGUAAAAUGUUGUUAAUAAAAAUGAAGUUCCUCCUUCAUGCCAUUAACUAAUAUGCUUGGUACACAAUAUUCCUCAUUAGAAAUAAGUUUUCAUAUGCAGAUUUCAGUUGUUUUUUUUUUGUCUUGUUUUUAGCAAAUGUUUAAUGAAUGUGGUUAUUUUCUUUGUUCAGCUCUUCCAUUGUUACUACAUUGUAUCCAUGUUCUGCCACAAUGGUUGGAUGUCUGUAUACUGUUCCACAGCUUUAAUUAGUAUGAUGCCCAAAGGAUGACUCCGUUGUUACCAGCAGUGCAGCAAUGACCGUAUAAACUGUUGGACUAUGUUAAGGCCAGCAGUGAUAGAUCUCAGAAUGUACUCUACAGGCAGCCAAGCCUGUUGCCACAUUUAACUUUAACUAUACUCUGCUUUAUAUCCUUGGAAAAAUGGGCAGAACUGGAAUCUUGUAUUUGUUCUUACAAGUGCACCUGAAACUAGUUGCUGUGGGAAUUUAGGUAGCACUUAAUAAAUGUUAUUGUAAUU